AUGGAGCAUGGCGUGCAAGCUGCGGCUUGCGUUCUUGUCCUCGUCGCUAUCGUGGCAGCCGAAGCUCACCGGCUGAACGCGUGGGUGGCGCACUUCGAGCCUCUGUGGUAUGAACCACUGCGCGUGCAGCGCCACCACGUGCGCCUCAGGCGGUCCUUGCUGCAGCAGCGAAAACAGCACAAUCCUAUCUUCCUGCGCUUCUUUGCCUUCGACAAAAACUUCAUACUGAAGAUAAGGCCGGACUCGUCCAUAUUUCACGAGGACUUCACACUCGAGACAGAGACGUUGGGCAACCUCAAACCAGAACUCGGUCACAUAUACAGCGGUCAACUGGUUGGCGAUCCUUCGAGCCGCGUAUUCGGCGCCCUGCACGGCGGAGUGUUCGAAGGCUCCAUACGCACCCGCCAGGGUAUCUUCUACGUGGAGCGGUCGCGCAAGCUGUUUGGCGGCCGCCGCCCGGUGCCUUCCUUCCACUCGCUCAUGUACUCGCCGGACGACGUGAAAGUACCCGCCAGAGACAAUUUAUUGAACGGGAGCCACCUUUGCGGCCUCGCAGGCAACGUUCGUAGUUGGAUGGACGCCAUGCUGGGCGGAAUGGAUUCUCAAGAAUCUUCCGAUGAACAACGUGGCGACGCAGCAGCGGCAACGAGGCGCCGCCUACUUUCUGUGCGGCCGGGCUGGCCCGAGUCCGAGCAACAGCGUGGUGACAACGACACGACAAGGGCGCGCGGCGGCGGCCGGGAGCGGCGCGUGUGCAACCUGGAGGUGAACGUGGACCACCUGCUGCACGCGCACUUCCUGGACGACGCCCGCGGAGAGGGCAGCCGCGCCCGCGAACGCAUCACAGCGCUGGUGGCGCAGCACGUGGCGCGGGCCUCGGACGUGUUCCGCGCUGUCGACUUCGGGGGCGUCGAGGACGUCAGUUUCACCGUGCAGAGGAUCAGGCAUGACGCACCUCCGGGACGUUCCUGCUACGGUCCGUGUGCCCCCUGUGGCGAGGACGGUAACUACAUCAUGUUCCCUUCGCCCACCCAGGGCAGAAAGCCCAACAACGGCAAGUUCUCGCACUGCAGCCGGGAGAGCAUCGGUCGCAUCCUAGCGCCUAUGGUCGCCGGCGAGAGUCCACGAGAGAACUGUCUACAAGGCGAGUGCGACUACCGCCACGACGUGUUCUCGUAUGACAUAAACGUCGCAGUGGCUUUUUUGAUAGCGCACCACAUGCUCUCUCAAGUGAACGCGACGUGCGUUGACUGA